AUGGCGCGCUUCCACCGCGCAAAAGAGCCCCUGGUCGGGCAAAAACGGCCAGAUUAUGGAAACGGGCUAGAUCCCGUGAGGAAAGGUCGGAGAGCGACCGGAGUGAGGAGGAUGAAUGUGAGGAACUGGACUACGCUUUGGAUGAGGAAGCCGGCUCGGAGGAGGGAGCUCCCCUUGCCGUAGCACCCCGUACUGGGGGCGCUUUCCCUGCUAGGGGUGUUGCUGCCCAGGGGGCGAGUGGCGACGCGGGGAUUCUGGAUCCGUAGGGUAACCCCCUGUUUGAUCCGGACGACUUGCGUCAUCCUCGUUCAGCUGAGUGAGAACCCCCCGAACAUAUCGCCCGCUAUAUCGCACACAGGAUGCGUACGCCACUCGCUAAGGAGAGUCGCAGUAAGUUACGGGCUGAAUGUCCUAGACCCUCGGUCCCAGGGUCGGCAUGUAAGACGCCAGAGGUCGAUCCUCAGAUUGCCCAGUUCCCUAAUAAAUCAGGCUGGAAACAAAAGAAGGGCCUGGAUUUUUCCCUGAGAAACUGUCAGGAUAAGAUAAUGGACACCCUUGGCCCUCUGUCUAAGGCCUAUGAGGUAUUGGAGGCCGCCAAGGCAGGUGAGACGGAGCUUGACAUAGAUGUGGCGAUUGGCUGGGUGCAGCGUGCCAUUUACCUGCUAGGCAAUGCCAACAUGGCCGUCUCCGCUGAACGCAGGAAGACAAUCCAGCUUAAGAUCGACCCGAAGUUGGCUACCAUGGCCAUCUCCGAACCUGGUCCCUCGGCCGAGGGGAUGCUAUUUGGCGAUAAUUUUGUCAGAGACCUGGGGUCUUACGUUAAAACUUUCACAGCCAUUGAUAAGGCCCAGGCUAACAUGAAAAGGGUGUUUUCCCCUAGGGUUUUCGGAGGGGCUGGGCGCAACAGGAGCCGUCCACCUGGCCGUGGAUUCCGGGGUUCAUCUCGAGCCCAGAGAGGCUCCUUUUUCCCUACCAGGAACUUCCAAGAGCCCAGACCGGCUCCAUUCUUCCCCUCCAGAGGGAGACCCUGGAAUUCCCGCUAUCCGAGAGGUGCUUCGUCGGGCAGACGCCCUUAUGGUGAGUACCCCUUUUGUCCAUCAUACACAAGAGCGGGUGGCGGGCAGAUUGGCCCAGUUUUACGAGGCGUGGGCUGCCUUGACAACAGAUGCUUGGGUUCUCCAAACAGUGCGGGGUUACCAUAUAGAUUUUGUGUCCUUGCCUGUCCAACUUUUUUUCCUCAGGGAACUCUCACUCGCUCGAGAGCAAGAAGAAUUGAUCUCCUCGGAGAUCGUGGAACUUCGCACCAAAGGUGCAAUACAAGAGGUCCCGUUUACCCAACGGGGGUUUACAAGCAACCUGUUUUUAGUCCCAAAGAAAGGAGGGGGUGUGCGUCCAGUCAUCAACCUCCGCCCCCUCAACGCCUUUCUUCAGUAUCGCCAUUUCCAGAUGGAAGGCAUCCAUUGCCUUCGAGACCUCCUUCAGGAGUCCGACUGGUUGGCCAAACUGGACCUCAAAUUUUACAGUGCCUAUAACCACAGCCCACAGGGAUUUCCUCCAGUUCACCUGGAAAGGGGAGCGCUGGAAGUUUACUUGUCUGCCAUUCGGACUCUCCUCGGCCCCCUGGUGCUUCACCAAGGUCAUGAAGCCGGUAGUGUCCUUACUCCGGAGCCGUGGAGUGCGUCUGAUCAUUUUUUUGGACGACAUUACAAUAAUUUUUUUGGACGACAUAUUACUGAUGGCCCAAUCAAAGGAGCAAUUAAAGGUUCAUGUGUCAUGGAUUACGUCCUUGCUCCAGAACCUAGGUUUUCUCAUCAAUUGGGAGAAAUCGGUGUUGGAUCCCACCCAAUCGAUAGAAUUUCUGGGGUUUACAGUGGAUUCCAUCCAACAGUUCCUAUUCCUUCCGGAGUCCAAGAUGAAGGCGAUCAAGAAAGAGAUCAGACGUACGCUACGUGCAGACGACCUCUCUAUUCGACAUCUGGCGAGAGUUAUCGGCCUCUUAGCCGCCUCUACACAGGCGAUAUUCCCUGGCCCUCUCCAUUAUCGGGCCCUUCAACGGUUAAAGGGCUCUCACCUACGUGCCGGCCACUCUUACGAGAAGAGGGUGAGGCUCGACGACGAGUCCAGAGACGAACUGACCUGGUGGCUGGCCCAUAUGGAUGCCUGGAACGGGAGAGCCAUAUUCGGUUCUGUCCCGGACGUCGUGAUAGAGUCCGAUGCCAGCUUACACGGCUGGGGCGCGCGUUGUGGUACCGCGUCUACUGGAGGCAGAUGGUCAGAUCAGGAACAAACACUCCACAUCAACUGUCUGGAACUAUUGGCAGGAACAUUCGCUAUUCGCAGCCUUACACCGGAACGGGCGAAUUGUUGCGUGAUGCUCAAGAUGGACAACGUGUCAGCGGUCCACUACAUCAACCACCUGGGAGGCACGAAAUCGCGCAUGUUAGCUCUCAUGGCAAAGAACUUCUGGCGGUUCUGCCUUCGCAACAACAUUUCCAUGCAGGCGGAACAUAUUCCGGGUCUGGACAACUCAACGGCCGAUUGGAACUCACGCUACUUGAGAGAUUCUGGAGAUUGGCGCUUACACGCUGCGGCCUUCCAGGUAUUGGACCUCAUUUGGGGCCCGUUCGAAGUGGACCUUUUCGCGUCCCGUCUCAACACGCAAGUGUCCAAGAUCUUCAGCUGGAGACCAGAUCCGGCAGCAGUAGCAACUGAUGCGUUCCUUCAGGAUUUGCCGAAGAAUCGGCUUUAUGCCUUUCCCCCUUUCAAUCUGAUAGCUCGUACGCUGUCGAAACUGACGCAACACGGCUGCUCGAUGGUGCUGAUCACACCGCUGUGGCGGUCUCGACCUUGGUUCCCUUGGUUACUGGAAUUGACCGCGGAUUACCCACGCCUGAUACCAACCUUCCCGAAUCUCCUGAGGGAUCCGGAUGGCAACUCGCACGAGUUAGUGGAUCGCGGCCUCCUACAUCUGAUGGCAUGGCCCCUUUCAGGGGACCCUGGACUAUCGCGGGAGUUCUGCAGUCAACUCUCGACCUCCUCGACAAUGCAUGGGCACCAGGUACUCGAGUGGCGUACCGAUCCGCCUAGCGAAUCUGGUCUAGUUGGUGCGUGGAACAGUCAGUGGAUCCCGUAUCUGCCCCUUUACGUAUGAUCAUGGAAUUCCUUACUGGGAUGUUUGAAUCUGGGAAGGCGUAUCGCACUAUUAAUCUAUGCCGAUCCGCUAUAUCAGCUGGGCAUCAAGGUUUGGAUGGUUCACCUGUGGGACGUCACCCCUUCGUAUGCCGGCUGCUCAAAGGGAUUCGUCUCACUAGACCGCCCUGUGCGAGAUUCGCUGCCUUUUGGGACGUGAAUGUGGUUCUCCGAUUUUUGUCGUCUUGGUAUCCAAAUCAGGAUCUGACACUGAAACAGCUGUCGGCUAAGGUGGUCAUGCUGUUAUGUCUAAUUUCUUGUAAGAGGGUGUCAGAUGUUCGAGCACUUGACUGGAAUGUCAUUGCGUUCACCCCGGAAGGCAUCUCCUUUAACAUAUCCAGAAGGACGAAGUCAGCUUCGAAAGUGUUCGUUUAUCCUAGAUUCCAAGAUAAUCCUGCUCUCUGUCCGGUCGAAUGCCUUCAGGCCUAUCUCGAGGUUACUCGACCGUUGCAAUCCCCGGAUUUAUGCCCCUUGUUCAUUUCGUUUCGAGCCCCACACCUUCCGGUGUCUACACCUACGUUGGCAAGAUGGGUACGGGAGUUGUUGACUCUGGCCGGGAUCGAUACGUCCAGAUUCACCCCUCAUUCAGUCCGUGGAGGUAUGGCCUCUAAGGCGUCGGCUAUGGGCUGCCGUUUGGAAGAUAUUCUACGUGCAGCGGAUUGGUCAUGGGAAUCGACUUUUCGUGAUUUCUACUUCAGGCCGAUUGACCAUUUUGCAUCUCAAGUGGUUUCUAAGCUUUGAACUUGCAUAAUAGGAGCCUCCGUGUCUUUAAUAAAAUUCCCAGAUUUUACUAUUAACAUGACGUAAAGUCAUGAUUUUAUUAAAGACACGGAGGCGAGCAUUAUUCCCACCCACCCACCCGGUUGGGGUUGGACAUUGGCUGGUAUGGUGGGUAAGUAUGGUAAGUUCGUUAUUAGUAGUUGAUUUUAUGUUUCAGUAUCAGACGUUCUAGGUAUUGGGGAUACAUUUAUGCUCCCACUAGCUAUAUUACCGUGUUUGGGUGUGAAGAGUUGGGUUUGACUUAGUGAUUUAUUUGUUAUAGUUAUGCACAUACAGUUGGAGCCCAGAUAUUACCUUCUUUUUUCUGUGUCUCCUUUAGCCUGAAUUCUUCGUGAUUUGUCAUAUUGGAGCUGCGGUUGGCUACGUUAGCCGAAGUUGGAUUUUCUGUAUUUGGUCUUCAUUAUCCGCAAGAAAGAGGGGGAUUGUGGGUGCUUCAUGUGUAUUAUAGUCACUUCCUCUGUUAUGUGAUUGGCUACUUGAGCGCUGUAUUUUUUUGUUGUUUCAGUUAUUUAUUUAUCUCUAUUUCUUUGCUGCUGAGAGUAAUAAAGAAAGAGAUAUGCAUAAUACUCGCCUCCGUGUCUUUAAUAAAAUCAUGACUUUACGUCAUGUUAAUAGUAAAAUCUGGGAAUUUUAUGUAUGUGUAUAUCUUCUAAAAAGAAACAAUGUAUUAUGUGUCAUUUUAUUUAAACUUUUACAAAUGUGAUUUGUAACAUUAUAUGUGAGCACAGCAAGGGUUAAUCUAAUACUAAUGAGAACAGACCGAACAAGUAUAUAAAAAAGAUUGCAGACUCCAAGAUGCCAUCCUUUGAUGAAGUGAUCGUAAAUCACGAAACGCGUAAGGCGGCAUCUGCACACUAACACAUAUCGGUCCCAGAGAGUGAGCACUUCUGACACGCAUCCUGAGCCGCAGUGGAACGCACGCGGCUAGAAUCCAGUGGUAUACAGCACGAGGAAAACCUCAUUCACUUCUGUCCGGCCGGCAAGAAAGUGAUUUUAAUAUCCUUUGGACUCGAGGUCUGUGAUACCUGGUACUGGUGCUGUUUUUAUUUGCUACUCUUUUUUGGGACUGUUUUAUUGGAAGCUACAUAUAUAUUUUUAGCAUUUUUUUGUGCCCAUCUAUGAUAAUAAACUUUUAACAGUAUUGUCUGCUGCACUAUAUUUUAACCCUUUGAGGGAUCUAUUUUACCCUACUUAAUAUUAAUCCAGUUUUGUAUAUUGGUUUAAUAAUUUAUCUAAACCUAUACUAUAUUAUUUCCAGCAGUACAUAGAUUCUGCCUACCUUAUCUGAUAGGAGGUGAUGACAUGACUAGCUGAUACAUUUGUAUUUAAACUAGAGAGCAAUUAUUAAUUUUCAUUUAUUGUGAAGUGCUCUGUAUAUUUUCAUUUCCACUGAAUCCUGUAUGUUAUUGAUUUAUUUCAAUUAGUGUUUUAUAUAUUAUGACUUGCAGCGGAAAGUAAUUUUUAAAACCUGGCAAGUAGCAUAAGACAACAAAUUUUAAGCCCUGUAAAUAUAUAUAUUCUAACCUUUAAAGUUCUUAAUCCCAGACCAAGACCAUCUAGACCAGGAAUAUCAAGAUGCAAUUAUUCUAGUCUCUGUGAUCAGACAGUAUCCCACAAACUCCUCUCAACUGUCUCCAGCAGAGGUUUAUGGAGUAUGUGUGGUACCAAGCCACAAAUGGAACUCCUGGAUAAGCUAAUAGCUGCCAUAAUGUGUGGCUGUAGUUAGUUAACUGACUGCACCGUUUGUGGUUUUGUGAACAGUCAUGCACAACAUUCUUUAUUAGCUGUCCAAUUCACAGUUUAGUGAACGGGGCGGUUCACAGCAUUGUCCCAAGUCAUCUUCCAUGCCUACAGCUAUGAAUGCACUACAUGAACUGCAAAUUAGAAGGAUAUUGGACUACAAUGUGGGAACUAAAACUUUCUCUGCAGCUGUCUCUCAUUAAAGAGUCAGCCUUGUAGAAAUAAAAAAAUAGGCACAAGCUACACGUAUUUCAAGGCACAACAUGGUGACAGUGGUGCCGCAGCCUGGUUAAUUAUAGGCACUGAAUAAAGUUGUAGUUAAACAGGAUACUUCUUAAAAAUUGGCCUACUUGCUGUUGGCUAUGGGAUAACAGAAAACCAGAAAUAUUAGGGGACUUUUAAGUGAGCUAAUUAACAAAAAACUGUGCAUCUUUGACUGACAUUAGAAGAAAAUCAGUUAAUAUUAAUAACUUUGUCACCUUUUCCAAACGUGGAGCUAAAACUUACCAAGAAAGAAAAAGAUAAAACAAAAAGACCAAUAAAAGAUUAAGUGAGCUUGAUCCUGAUUGCACGCUUCAUUAUGAUUGGCUGUAGGUAAUGGUCUCUAGUAUUUGAAUGUGGGAGGAUAGGCAGCCAAUCACCAUCAAAAGUGUCAAGACAAUAGAAAGCGAUAGUAAACAUGAACAGCAGUAAACACUGAACUAUUAUUGAACAAAUUAAGCAUUAACAUAGCUAAAUAAACAAAAAUGUCAGAACUCCAGCCCAUGUGGUCUACCUGAAUAAAACAAUGUUAUUUGAAUUUUGACCUAUACAUGUAUAGGUUUAUUCUGUGUAGCAAAUGAUUAAAUGAAACAACACAUUUCAAAUUGUAUUUGUGGCACGUGUAUUCUUCUAUUUAUACCGUGUCCUCUCAAAUACAAUGUUUGGAACAAAAAAUAACAAGAGUUCAUUGGAUCCAUUGGCACUGGGCAUUUUUGUUUGAAUAUUGGGACAGACAAAUAGAGAUUAUAGGCCAUUCUCCUCCAAAGAAUGUGUAAUAAAUAAUUAUUUAUGGAUUGUAGUGCAGCAUGAUUCCUGUAGAUCCAUGGGAAAUACAGAGAUAAGAGAUUAAAUCAUUUGUACACAAAAAAUGUGGAAGGAGAAGCAUUUCUACAAACUAUGUAGGAAACAAGUAUAAUUGUCUGGAUAAUCCCAUUAGGUAGAAGCAUAUUUUGGAAUUAAUGAAUGUAACAUAGCUGGUUGUGCUACCUGUAGGAUAUUACAAUAAAGGCAAUCUCUUCCUAUCUAGUAAAUAUAAUGGUGAAUAAGAUAUAUAUUUUCUCACUCAGUGGGUAUUAAGACAAUACCAAAUUCCUGUCCCACUCACCAUGUUAAAUGGUAGAAAAGCAAUGUGUUACCAAAAGAGAUAUAAGUAGAGAGAUGCCAUAUGCAGGUGACCAAGAGGCUAAACGUAAAAUUGUCGGAUCUUGUUGAGGGAUGGAAUGAAGCUAGAAUAAUAUUCCAUGAUUGGAAACUUUGUUAAGGAGGAGGUUAGCUGGUCAAAAAGAAGAGUUUAAAAUGUUUUGCAGGAGUGUUGAGUGGUACCAUGAAUAGUGCUGGGAUGUAAAAUAUGUAGUGUGGAUGUCUAAUUGGAUAAUGGUGGAAAUGUUGGAUUGUCCAUAAAGAGGAGCAUAGGUGACGGGUAUGGUCUGAUGCUGUAAUUCUGGAUCAUUGCUCUCCAGCACUAUAGAAUGGGAACCAUCAGAUGAGAUUAGGCACUGGGCAUAGUGACAAUUGGCCAAGGCCAGUAGAUAUGCAUGUUUUAAGCUUUAGCCAUACCACAACGUUCUUCUUCUGAUUAAAAAAUGUGAUGUUAGAUUAAUAAAAAACAAAUAAAAGAGUUACCUGCGCACUAUCCCAAAUCCCAAUGCAUAUUUAAACAUAUGGAGGUUGUUUGUUUCCCUCCAAUGGCCAUUAAGUGUAAGCCCACCUGCCAUGUCAAGGCAAACCUCUUUAGGUGGGUCCUACACUAACAAUUCACCUUGCUUUCUUCAGUUUCAGGCAAAGAAAUAUCUAAUGAGGCAGAGAGGGGUAUUUUUCUAAACCCCUACAUACUUAUUAACCCUUUAUAAGAGGCACAUGGGCUGGGCGACAGCAUUGUAACAUAGCUGUGUGAUGCAAAACCAAAUACAAAUACAUAAAAAUAAGUCCUGUGCUCAGACUCCCACUACUCCUGGGCAUCAAUGACCAUAGUACACCUCAGCCUCAAUACAUACAAUAAAAAAACAAAGAGAAGAGUUACCUGCACACUAUCCAAAAUCCUAAUUCAUAUUUAAACAAAUAGAGAUUUUUUGUUUCACUCCAAUGGCCAGUAGGUGUUGUAGCAGAGCAUUAGUCUUGACCAGGAAUCUCCCUAUGCUAUGAUUUAGGAAUUCAGGAACAAGAAAUAGCCAAGUAAAUAUCCCACCUCCUCUCCAGCAACUGGACGACACAGUUCUGGGAGUACAACUGAUUUUAUUUUGGCAACACACAGCUUUUAUGCACUGACACGUAGCAUGGGGUGUCCACAUCGAGAAUUCAAAGGUUUUCCUCCCAGGAGUCUCUGUUUCUCAGAGAUAAUUGCAUGAGAAAACUAUAACUCAAUUAUCUCUCAGUUACAGGAAACAUAUACAAUAUUAUAAAACAUCAUAAAAAUACAUUUUAAUAAUAUAGGAACCCCACAAAAAUAAUAUCCCCGAAUAGCUUGCGUAUGACCACUCACUUUGUCGAAAUAGCGCUCAGAUCCCUUCGGUGGUUCGGGAACGCCAUUCGAAUAAAGUUUUGACCGGUCGGCCACAAGGUGAUGCCCCAAAAUAGUUACGUAGAAAACAAGGCAAUGACCGGUCAUCUUUUGGGGGUUCUCAUACUAACACCGAUGAAUGCUCCCCCUGGCUGUUAGGGAGCGAAUGCUUUCCCUGUUUGGUAGAUUCUAUCUCCCUAACACUGUUCGUCUAGUUGGUUGGGAAGUGGAACAGACAGCGGUACCAUCUUUACCCGGGUUUGUGGAGACGUGAGUUCGAAAAUAGUUUUAGGCGUUCAACUACCAGGUACAGCUGCCUGCAUUUGGGAGACAAAAUGCACUGGACCACGUGCGUUCUGUUUUGACGAAUGGCGGCCACACAGGGAAGCACUCAGGUUAAUCACCAAUUUGUGGUUAACAGCCAGGGGAGGUCGGCGUUUGAAGGGUAUAACAAGGGGGGACCACACACUCGUUCGGGGGACGAAUAAGGGGGUACAGACAACCAAACACUAGGGAAGGGAGUUUGUUACAGGUGUAAGCCCACCUUCCACUUCAAGACAAAUCUCUUAGAUGGGUCCUACACUAGCAAUUCACCUUGCUUUCUUCAGCAUCAGACAAAUUAGAUUAGUGGAGGUUGCUGUGAUAUAUGAUGUAAACGUAUAUAUAGUGACUGUUGGAUUUUCUUGUUCUAGAAAUAUCAAUUUGAGGAGGUAUAGAAUGAAUGUUACUUGGUAGCAUUUUUGAAAAAUUGGCAAACUGGACCAGCAACGGUUUCCAGUAGUAUAGUUAUUUUUGGGGAAAAAAAAAGUUUUUUCCCUACAGAGUAAUUGGGUUGAUGUUUCUAAAAAUGAGACAAGGAAAUAUCUGUAAUUAGUUUGAUUGUGUAAAACAUAUGUUUCAGAUAUUUACUUGAAGUACUUCAAAUGAACAACAAACAUAUCAACAGAGCAAUAACUGUGUAGAAUGAUCAUUGCUAUCAAAUGUUUGCAAAUGAUCAGAUCAACUAAUCUAAAGAGUUUAUAAUCCAGUGAGUAAAAUGGAAAACUGAAUAAAGUAAUAAAUUACAAACAAUAGCGUUGUAUCUUAUAUUAUUUUGUAAAGUUAAGAUAAACUUUAAAAAGAAAAAAGUAAUAUGCAUACAAGGGGUCGUAUGUUGUAUUAAAUAAAUUGGGAGAAUUAUUUGCCAAGUUCCAAAUGUCUAUCCAAAUAACAACAAUUGAAAUAAUAUCUGAAUUUGACCCAAAGUUCUGAUUUUUGUAAUUUCAUGGUACAAGGAUUUUUUUUAUUUUUUUUUAACAUAUGUGAUAGGUAUACGUGGAUGCACAUUUUUUUAAUACCUUAGAUAUUUUUAUAGGAUGUUUAUUUUAGGGAGCCGAAUAAUAGGACCUUAAAGCUUUGACUGAUGACACUAGAUAAAUAUAACUGAAUGAUUUUAUUUCACAAAGUGGUUACAAGUUGGUACUUAGUAAACAUCCAUCUUAAUAUACUAAUGAUAACAAACUGUAACUGUAACUGACCCAAGUAGUGUUUAUUAGUUGCAGAAUUGUAUCCCAAAAUGGACUUUGGGAUCUGUACCAGGUUUAUACACAAUGCCUUACCGUCCAAUCCAUCUCACACGUGUCUGACAUUAAAAUGAUUACAACAUGACACAUUUAGUACCUAUACACAUCAUUUAAUUAUCUCUAUCUGAGUUGUGUGACUUGUUUUCCCAACACAUUAAGGCAUACAUAUGCAAACACAGAAAUGCAAGAAAAUAAGAAUUCACUCAGCUGCAGUGUGGAUGUUAGAUUGGUAAAUUAUCCCAAAGCAAAUAGAUUAUAAAAUAUAAAAAUGUACAUUUCAUUUAUACUGAACUGGAGGUUUACCUGUCUUUAAACGAAAUUUGAAAGAGUGUGUACGAAUUAAUGUGAGACUCAUAGAAUUAGACCCAAAUUUGCUCACUUACCAAAAGAUAAUUGCAAAGAUUAUUUUUCAUUUUUUUUACAUUUUUAUAUUUUUUUCAAUUUUUUUUAAAUAUAACUAUUGUUUAAGUCUAUUGCAUUUAUUAUCCAGGACCAUUUGCAAAGGGAGAGCGAAAACUCACCAGGUACAUCGAUAUUAUUUAUCAAGAUGUGUCUUUGAGAGCAGUCACCAUGGGAACUAACAGACUGCAGAUGUUUCUUGCUAGGUAACAUCUGUUGCUCCAUUCCUAUCAAACUCUUCCUGGUCGGUUUUUGUAGAAUUUACUAAGGAAAUAUAAUACACUAUAAAAAUAUACAUAAAUAAAUCAGUAAGCAAAAACACAAGAAGGUUAUGCAAAAAAACUGAAAAUCUGGAGUAUGCUUCUAAAAGUGAAAGGAUUGUAGGAACAUUUAUUUGGUUUCCAUGGUAACUGCUCCACUCACAGAGUUACCUGUAGCCAUAACACCUGUGGUAUGUCAUAACAUCGCUAAAAGAUUGAUUUUCUAAUGAUUAGUUCCUGUUGCAUUAUAAAGACAAACUAGUAUUUACCAGAAACAGAAUUCCAAAGAAGCUAGCUGAUCUUUUUCCUUUGAAAAUUUUAUUUCAGUGUAACCUAUAUUUUAUCAGAGAAUACUGUAUGGAAGUGUAUAAAUAUAUUCUGGAGAGAGCUUACACAAUAUUUAUCACAACUCUUUAAAACUCGACAUUUGCGAUAUUGUUAUCACAAGUUGAAGGUAGAUAGUCUAAGUAGGAAUUUUCAGUUGAUUAAUAAAUGUAUUUAUGUAUUGUACAGCGCUACGGAAUCUGAUGGCGCUAUAUAAAUAAUAAAAUAAUAAUAAAUAAUAACUGUAUAAUGCAAGUGACUCAUAUUUUCUGAAUAGUAAAUUGGAGUGAGUUAUAAAUCGAAUUAAGAAAUUGAAGCUACUAUUGCUACUGGGGGGGGGGAGGGAGGGGGUAGGUUCAACUCACCUAUAGUCACAUGUAGGCUAUUUUCUCAAUAUUUUACCAUUCUCGUUCACUCACUAAUCUAGGUUCAAUAAAUUGCUACCUUACUAAAGUCUAAGUAUGGGUGCUGUGAAAUAGCUCCCAAAGCUACUAUGGUCAGCCAUGAGUGUAAUAAUUGCACGUUUGUAAAACAAAUUAAAAUAAAUAAAUACAUUUAGUUUCUCGGAAUCAAAAAGCAAAUGUUGGGAUAUAGUAAUAUAUUUCUUUAAUUACUGUAAGCAUCAUUUACAUUGACAAAUAAUCUCCAGAAGCCUAUCAUAAAAUGCAUUUCUAUAAUUCUAUUAAAAUAGUUUAUUCGUUUACAUAAUUAAAACAAAACAAAGCAUACAUACGUGCUUAUUAUCACACAGUUAAACCAAACCAUUUUUAUGGAAGAUAUUAUCCCAAAAUGUUAUCUAAGAAGCAAUUAAAUGUUCAUUUUUAAUUAAACAUAAUCAAAUUAUUAUUAUUAUUAUUAAAUAUUAAAGUACUAUAAAUAAUGUUUCCAUAUUAUAUUUUGUUUGCUUGUUUGUUUUAGGUUAGGUACUAGAUGUGCAAUAUGGGUUAGUAACCUAACGAUUUCUAUUUUAUUUUUUUCAUUAUCACUUUUUUAUGUAUAUUUUUGAAUUAUUUGUAGGUGAUCUUUAUCCUGAACAAAGCUACACCUUGACCAUUGAUGUGUCAGUUGUGAGCUGCUCUCUGCCCCUUUCUUGUACUUCUCUUUCUGUUCUGCCCCAGGAUUAACAACCCCUGUGAUCUCUCCAUCUCCUUGUCUUAUUUGUCUGUGGAAGGUGGGGUCAGCCUCAUGGAUCACUAGCAGUGACAGAUACAAAGCCUGCACCCCUGAUACAUCACAGCCAGCCCUGCUCAUCUACAUAAACAGGAGGAGGAACUGUAUAACCUUGUCUGUGGCUGGGAGCUGUUCCAAGGCUGACAGUCUGCUGUCUGCACACAGGUAAGUAGUGCUCCACCUGGGGCUCCUGGGGAUCAUUCAAGUGAAUGGAAAGUCAGUCCAUAUACCUGAUGGCUAUCUGUUUACCCCUGUGUGUGGAUGUAUGUGUGCCAUAUUAUGUAUGCAUAUUAAUGUUUGCAAUGAUUAUUCUUUCAUGUGUACCUAGUGGCAUUGAUUAAUACAUUAUACCAAUUUGCAGUGCAGGAGAUUUCUUAUUCAUUGUAUGAGAGGACUGCGAGAGGUUAGCUGAGGCUUGUACCCAGAGCUGACAUUCACAGAGGUUGUGAGUGACUUCUGUUCUCUGCACACAGUGUAAUAUGUCCAAGAUGGCAGGAGACAUGUAUGAAGAGUCGGACUGUGUCUGUUCCUAUGGGAUGAAGUUAACUUGGGAUAUUAAUGACCCCAAACUCCCGCAGGUGAGUGCAGUAAAUUCUGGAAAUCUCAUAUACAUGAGAUAUACUUAAUGUAUAUUUGUCAUAUAUUGCACACUCAGCGCCCCAUUCUACACUCCACUCCAGAUAGUGAGCUCAGCACACUCAGUGCCCCAUUCUACACUCCACCCCGGGUCGUGAGCACAGCACACUCAGUGCCCCAUUCUACAUUCUGUGUAUCACUAUCCUCUAACUCCAAUGUAGACAGUGAGCACAGCUCACUCUGUAUUAUGUCAGUGUCCUGUGUAUUGUCUCCUGUGAGCACUCAGAGUCCCCAGAUACCAGGGCUCUGGUCAUUUCACUCUAGCAGGUGAGCAGAGCACUGUUUCUGAGCUGAUCACUAUUCUCCAUCUCCUAUCACAGCACUCUCCCUGCUGUGCCAUCACUCAGGCAGGUGAGAGGCAUUUGCGGUGACAUUUUUGAAAGUUGACACAUGUAAAAUGAAUCAUCGAAUUCUCUUUUAUCUGUAAUUCUGCUGCAUUGUGUAUCCUACCUGUGACUCCACUAAUCUCUAUCCUAACACUUACCAGUCAUGUUCAUCAUUCUGCAUUUCUGUGGUUUAUUAAAACAACUGUGCUCUAACUUACCGAAUACUGUAGAUACGCUUGGAGAGGGUCGGCCUCUUUCAACCUUUUUGAAACUAAUCUAAGCCAAGCAAAUACUUUCACGUUGCAUGCACCAAAUACUUGUCAGUAUACACUACUUUGCCCACUCAUAAUCACACAGCUAAAAAUAAAACACACAGUACAGUAAAUAAUAAUCACAUAGGGCAGCCAUUUACAGUUAUUAUAUAUGUAAUAUAACUUAUUCUGAAAAUAUCUGGUAAUUGAAUUGAUACAGGAUGUUUCUAUGAGUAAUCCGAUUAUACAUUCUAAAAAAAAAUCUAGGUAAAUUAUAAUUGAAUCUGGAUUAUGCAUUGAUAUCUAUCCUGGUGCAAAGUUCUUAAUAAAAGAGCAGUCUCCAUGGAAACCAAUGGAAUGUUCACGCUGAUUUAGCGCUUUAAGCAAAUUACGUGAAUUACAACAUUGUACAAACAUUUAUAGAUAGUGUGGGAUAUAGAAUGCAAUCAUUGUUACUUAUUGCUGGUUACUGUAAUGUGUUUUGUAUGAAUUCUUUGUAUGAAAAAAGUGAACUUUUUUAAUAUUAUGUUGCAAUUUUGUGACGUUCUAACAAUGAUUACACUUCUGGAAUAUUGAUUAAAUAUGGGCUCUGGGAUAAAGAGUUAAAAUGCAUAUUUCGGUUUAUUUGACUAAAACAUAUAGAAAAGGUAAUUUGUUACCAGUCACUUUUCAUUAACACAAAACAUUAGAGAUACAAUUUGACACAAGAUUUAAAACAAUGGAUAAUUUGUAUUCUAUUCUCUUAAUAUUAACUUUGUUGAAAUGAUUUAUUAAUAAUCUUUAAAUAAGACAUUCUGAAUAGUUUUAUUUUAUUAAGUAAAAAAAUAGCAUUGCAGGUAUAAGACAAAUACUAAGGAAACUGUUCAUUAUAUUAAUCUCUCUCUCCCCCCCUCCCCCCCCUCUCUCUCUCUCUAUAUAUAUAAUACUAACAAUAAUAUGAAGAAAUAGACUAGAAAUCAAAUCGUAUACAUUUCUAUCCUUUUCACUUGCUGGUUAAUUAAUAAAAGAUGAUAUGGAUAUGAAUAAUUGCAUAGAAUCAUUUAUAUUGUAAAUAGCUGUUGAUUGGACUGGAGUAUCAGUAUAAAUAACUGAUUUAAAGAUUAAUGAAUGUCUAUGAGCAUGGGUUAACAUGAAAAUUCAUACUUAAAUUAUUUUACAUAAAUUAUUUUUCCGUUUAUGCUUAUUCACAAAAGAGCAUCUUCUUUUCAAUAAAAACACUAGCCUGAGACGCCGUAGUCGGUUUCUUUAAAAACAAACCAGACUUGAUAUUAUAGGGUUUAUUGACUAAACAGCUGACAGAAGACAAGAAAUCAAUAACAGACUGGGUUAUUUAAUAUAGCGAGAAUUCAAUGUGAAGUGAAAGUUCAAUUCGAAAUUAAGGUAAAAUAGCCGAACUGGAUAAAGGCUACUUUUGCCUAAAAUUUGAAAUUCACUGUGAAUUCACAUCGAAUUCGCAAUUUAGUGAAUAACCUUGCAAAUUCAGGUAAAAAAACUAAACAAAAAAAAACUUUGCUGCAGAUAAAUGUAUUUAAACACUAAAACGUGAAUUGUGGUUAAUGAAAACAUGAAUUGGAAAAUUAAGUUUAAAAAAAAAAAAAAAUUAAAAUAUAUCUAUAUAUAUUCCCCCCUCCCCCCUUCCCUAAGCAGCCAUAUUGAGCUAAAUUUCCUAAUUCAGAUUUCAAUUCAGCACAAUUCACAGUCUGACCGAUACACCAUUUAUUUCCCAAACAGCAUUAUAACUUCGUAUACCUACAGUUAUUUAAUCGGUUCUUAACUCACCGUAGAUGAAAUAACACAUAAUAUUUAAUUGAUACAAAGUCUCUUGAAAAUUAAACUCUAUAAAAGAAAAUAUAUUUAGUGCAGUUUACAUUUUUUUUUAACCGAAGCUCAACAUCACAUGUUUUUACUGCAUUAAAAAUUAAUAACAAAUCUUUACUUAUAGUACACACUAAUAUAUAUUACACGAACGUAUAUGGAAGAUAAUUUCUAUGCUAUAUACAUAAUACAUUGAAGUUAUGUAAAUAUUAAUAAUGAAAGUAAUAAUACUAAUAACAGUAAUAAUAAUAAUAUUUGUAUUUGCAAGCCAUACAAGUGAUUUUGAUUGGUCUCCUAUAUUUGUAAUUCUCAGGGAUAAGAGCACAUGAUCAGUUUUUAAUAAUCUGCCAAUAAUCAAUGCAAUCGGUGGUAUUCUGUCUCAGCAUUUUUUUUACCUGCAUCUCAUUUACUAGUAUUUCGCGAUAAAUAAUUGGUUCAAAUGUAUUGAGAUAUCACAGUAAUAACCAUUACUGCCAAGAUACCGAAUACAGUGGAACAAUAUAUUAGAUAAAUUUAUUAUUAUUCUCGAGAGAAAAAACUAAAAGCACACAGUUCAUCAAUUUCAAAACUAAGUAUGUGGGAUGGCAUUCGGGUGAAUUUGACACAUUAUGACAAAUACUUGUUAAUUUGUCAAGUGAAUACCAUAAACCUACUAGAUGCUGAGUUUCUUAGUUAAAUGUAAUCCUAAGAAAAUAUUGUAUGGAUAUGGAGUGAGAACAAAACAUGUUAAACAAUAGAUUUGAUUUUACAGCAAUUAGUAUACUAUGCUCAAUAUUUUUUGCCAAUUUUUAGAUACAGGCGAUAGUGAGCAAUAUAUUGAUCUGGGAAAAGGUAAAUAUUGAUGGGUUUAAGAAUUAGAAAGGAUGUCUGACAGUGAAAGAAAUUAUGAAUGAUCUUGAAAACUUUGCCUAUAUAUUAAUAUAUACUGUGCAUUGUAUUACAUUGUAACGGGUUGUCACUGAAUUUUUAAAGUUAAAAUAAAGUCAUCAUAUUAAAAAAACCAAAAAACUGAAAUAUGAUGAAUUAAUAUUUAACAAGAAUACAUCCACUUAUUUAAACAUGACAGAUUUGGGGAUCUAUUUGGGGGAUCAGAUCUGGGGAUCUAUUUGGGGAUCAGAUUUGGGGAUCUAUUUGGAGAUCUAUUUGGGGGAUCAGAUCUGGGGAUCUAUUUGGGGAUCAGAUUUGGGGAUCUAUUUGGGGAUCUAUUUACGAAACAUCAAGAUGUGAGCGAUUGCACAAUUUAUUAGCACCAUUUAGGCUAAAAUGUCUGAAUUGAGAAUAUAGUAGAAAUGUAAGGUUUCUCUUUGUUAUACUUUCAGAUAUGUUGUGUAUUUCUCAAUUGACCCCUGUUAACAGUUUAGUGAAUACAUUAUUUUGUCUUUGUUCACUAAACUGCAAAUUCUGCUAAUCCAAGAAAACACACAUUUGCGAAAUUAAGUCUAUUCUCAACCUAAAUUUUGCAAAUGUGUUCUAAACUAUUUUAAAUGGACAAUUUAGGUUUUUAUAGUCAAUGUGUGAAGCUAAAUAUUUCAUUUCAAAUUAGCUUUUUAAGACCAAAUCCUUCCUUUUGCCUCUGACUGACAUUUGUCUCUCAGACUGUUAUGCUAAAAAAACAAAUCCAGGGUUGGAGUGACUCACAAAAUGUAAACUAAAAGCCAACCAAUCUGCCAUUUCUAUUAUAUCUGGACUUUUUACAAAUCAGCUGUGUUUGUCUAUAUGGCAAUUCACUAUAAUGUUGUGUUUGGAGAUUAGACUUCACUGAGCUAAAAUAAUUGAUUUAAAAAUAAAAAUAAAAAAUCUCCAACUCAACUCUAGACAAAGAUGGAGUAUUGUAGCCUGAAUUUACUGAAUUUUAGAGUUUAACCCCUUAAGGACACAUGGCAUGUGUGACAUGUCAUGGUUCCCUUUUAUUCCAGAAGUUUGGUCCUUAAGGGGUUAAAUAAUUAACCCUCUUCAAUUUGUCUGGAAUAGCGUUUUUUUCCCACCUGCCUUAUUUUCUACAUUCUUCAGGUUGGCAUAACUCACCACUUGUAGAACAGACCGCCUUUAAGAAGCAAUCAUUUCCCAUACUCAAGUAGCACCUUCUCUGUGACUGCACAUCCUCCCCAUGACUUUCAAAGACUUAAUUAAUCCAUUAUGAACAUAGUCUAAGUAUUUGCAAACAGAUUUGCCUGAGCUUCCUAUUGAAGAGUUGUCAUCACAUUUUCUAGUCUAUAGCUUCUCAAUUGGGGCCUUUUCUAUGGCAAAGAAUACUCUCCUGUGUGACCACCUUCCAUGCACUGUGUAAAUAGUUGUAUUUUAUUAUUUAAAUGUAGUUUAUUUGAUUAGUGUAAGAAGUAAAUAUCUGCAGAUGUUUCUGGUUCUAUGAUGGUAGCCUUUUUUUUAUUAAAUUAAAGGAACACUCCAUUGACUUUUGUUUACUUUUUAAAAACAUUUUAAUAGCUAUACCCCCAAUGAAAACAUGCAUGUUUUUCUUCACAAGAUCACUGAACUGUCCUAUUGUAUCUGACACCAAGACAUCAGCAGCAAAUCCUUUAAGUUGCGAGGUGGGGCCUCCAUUUACCGGAUUUGUUGUUCCAGCACAUCCAACGAUGCUCAAUCGGAUUGAAAUCUGGGGAAUUGUCAUGUUCCUCAAACCAUUCCUAAACCAUUUUUGCAGGGUGCAUUAUCCGGUUGAAAGAGGCCACUGCCAUCAGGGAACAUGAUUGCCUUGCAGGGAUGUAUGUGGUCUACAAAACGAUUGCCUUUAAGGGAUAUAUGUGGUCUACAAAAAUCUCUAGGAAGGUGGUAUGUGUCAAAGUAAAAUGCACAUGAUUGCCAGGACUCAAGGUUUCCCACCCUAACAUUGUCUAGAGCAUAAUACUGCCUCCGCCUGACUGCCUUCUUCCCAUAGUGCAUCCUGUUGCCAUUUCUUCCCCAGGUAAAAGCACAUGCACUCAGCCAUCCACCUGGUCUAAAAGAAAAUUAAUCAGAUCAGGCAACCUUCUUUCAUCGCUCCAUGGUUCGGUUCUGAUGCUCACAUCCUCAUUGAAGACUCAUUGAAGGCUCAUUGAAGGCUCAUUGAAGGCUUUCAGUGGUGGAUAGGGGUCAGGUUUUCUGCCAAUCAAUGACCCUUUGGCCUCCAUGACCGUGAUGCCGGUUCACUGGUUGUCCUUCCUUGCACCACGUUUGUUAGGGACUAACCACUGCAUACCGGGAACACCCCAUAAGACUUGCCGUUUUAGAAAUGCUCUGACCCAGUUGUUUAUCCAUCACUAUUUGUCCCUUGUCAAAGUCACUCAGAUCUUUUCACUUACCCAUUUUGCCUGCAUCCAACCGAUGAAAUUCAGGAACUGACUGUUCACAUGCUGCCUAAUAUAUCCCAUCCCCUAACAGGUGCCAUUGUAACAAUAUUAUCAAUGUUAUUCACGUUAUCUGUCCAUGGAUUUAACCCCUUAAGGACACAACUUCUGGAAUAAAAGGGAAUCAUGAUGGAAUAUUUCCGUCAUGUGUCCUUAAGGGGUUAAUGUUGUGACUGAUCAGUGUAUAGAUGAAGAAGGUGCUUAAUAUUACUGUGUUGUGAGUGUUUGUACAUAGAACAGUGAUAGAUUAUUAUAUAGAUGUUUUGUUACCUUUUAGGCUGAGAUGUGUCUCAUAAUAAAAAGUGUUGACUAGUAACAAGGUUAUUGAGCAAUGUUAUUUUCUGAAAUAGGUGUAAGGUGCUGUAGCAAACAGCAAUGGCGUGCUCCAGUACUGCAUGAGAUGCCUGUGAUUGUGUGAUACACCUGUAUUAAUAAUACAUUAUACCCUUGUUUCCUUGUUGUAAUUUGAACAUUUCUUGUAUGUCAAUGCUGUGUAGGACCUGAAGCAGUUUGACAAUUUCCAGGAAUGGACAGAUGGCUAUGUUCGCUUUAUAUACAGCGGGGAGGACAAGAACGCACAGCGCCAUCUCAGUGGCUGGGCCAUGCGCAAUACCAACAACCACAAUUGCCAGAUAUUAAAAAAGUCCUGUCUGGGUGUGGUGGUGUGCAGUCGCAAUUGUACCUUGCCAGAUGGUGGGAAACUACAGCUCCGUCCCGCAAUUUGUGACAAGGCCCGUCAGAAACAGCAAAGUAAGUGGGUGCCACUUGCCUUAAGACAAGGUUUGGAAUAGAAGUUCCUAUAUCUUUUAAUAAGAUUACAGUGGAUGUAGAAGUCAGAACCUUUCCAAUGAUGAGGACAUUACAGUAGUUCAUAUUAUCCAGAUCCCCCAAACCCCAUCGUCAAUGAUUUCCCAAAAUCUGUGUUUCUAAAUAUUUUCACAUGAAUACAUGCCAUAUUUUCAAAACCUGAACCUUUUCUAAAUGGGGUUUUAAUGUUAUCUUUUAAUAGGAUGUAAUGAUAUAUGUGUGUUUAUAUAUAUGUGUAUAUUGUACAGCGCUACGGAAUAUGAUGGCGCUAUAUAAAUAUUAAAAUAAUAAUAAUGAUAAUAAUUAUAAUAAUAAUAAUAAUAGAUAUAUAUAUAUAUAUACUGGCGAAAUCGACAGUAACGUAUAGACAAGCCAAUGCAAAAUGAACAGAGGACCAGGGACGUGAGCUGAGCUCUAGCAUUUACAGCCCUUUCAUUUUUUUAAAGUACUGAACUAGAUAGCUCAUGAAUGAACACUCUAAAGACCUGUACUUGUUUUCCUAUUGUAGAAAAAUUAUGCAGUAACUGUAAUUCUGCUCUGGAGCUGAUUCCUUGUCGAGGUCACAGUGGAUAUCCUGUCACUAACUUCUGGAGGCUUGAUGGAAAAGCCAUAUUUUUCCAGGUAUUAUUUGCAGAAAUGAUGCCAUUACAUAUUACCAACAUUCCUAAUGGACAUACUAACUGAUCAUAUCUGAAAUUGAAAUUUAAAGUGCUACAUUUUAAAAAUGAACUGACAAAUGUUAAUAAUGGACUGCUAAACUAACACAACAGUUACAAAAAAUACAAUGUAAAAUAAAGAUAAGAGUAAGAGAGAACAGAAUAAACAUGAUGAUGGACACAGUAGGCUGAGUAGAUGUGAAAAAGAGUUAGGGAGACAGGAGAGAGAUUUAUGAAAGUUUAAAGAAAAGUUGUGCAAAGUUCUUAAAGUGACACAAUCACUAUGGAAACCAGUAGAACUAGCAGGCACAUUCUACUGGUGAUCACUCCACGUUUACAACUUGACACCACUUUCUAGAUUGUGAUACUUUGAAAAAUCUUUAAAGUAUAUAACGGAUAUAUAUAUAUAGAGAGAGAGGGGAAAGUGAAACAAGAGAGUUUGGUGCAGAAAAUUACCAGAGAGAUGGGUGGUAAAAACAUAAAAUAAGAUAAAGGAGAACACAAAAAAUGUAACAAGGAAUUAUAGAAAUGAAAGGAAAAAGUGAGUAAAUAUUUAGGGCUACUUGUAGGUCAUUUAAAGGGACCCUGGAGGACCUAAUGACCCUAUAGCGCCAGGAAAACGAGUUUGUUUUCCUGGUACUAUAGUGGUCCUUUAAGAAGCCCAAGAUCUUACAUUUCUACUUGCCACAAAAUAUUUUAAUGCCCUUCAUAAUUUGACAUAAUCUGUGUUUGCUGAAUGAGUUUUUUACUUUGUCUCGAUUUACAUCCACCCAAAACACUUUACUGUUACAGCUCAUUACAUCCCAUAGCUGUAGAGAGGACUAGGUAAAAAGAAUGCAGAAAAACGUCUGCUGGAAAAACAAACAUUCGUAAUCAGUCAGGAAAGACACACUGCACAUCCAGAUUUUCUAGUAUGCUUUCAGUUCCUCGAUGUAUAUGUAUAAUAAGGAAAUUUCUUGUCUUUGGUUCAUUGUAAGGCCAAGGGUGUUCACGAUCAUCCAAGACCUGAAAGUAAAUCUGAGACGGAAGCAAGAAGAAGCGCCGUGAAAAGACAGCUGUCAUCUCACCUGUCACAGAAAAAGAAAAUUCUGGAGUCUGAGGUAAAUGGAACAAUGCUAUGCUCCUGAAUAUGAGUGUUCCACACCUGGUGCCCCAUUAAAUGGACUUAUUAAUUAGAAUUGAAUGAGCUACAUACUCGUUAUUGUCUGUUUAUUAGUAGCAUUUAAUUUCAGAUUUCCAAACACCAUUAUAAAUUAAGUAUUUUCUUAUAUAUUUGGCUACUUUUCAAAUAUACCCUGUCCUGGGUUUGUAGGUAAGGAGUAAACGAUUUUGUCUGUCUGUGUUUCCAUCCAUCACCUCCAUUUUAUCUAAAUCUAUGUCCAAUAUAUAUUCCAGUCUUUGCAUCUGGUACAUCCGAAGCAGUAUAUUAGCACAAGUUUGUAAAGCAAAAAUUAUUUUCUUUCAUUGAAAAAAAACGUGUAUGUUUUUAGCCCAAAGCAGUUCAUUAGGCAGUUUACUGUGAUUUGGUUAAUUGGUGAUAGUCGGUUACAUGAACAAGUCUGGAUGUGGUUACCUACAUCAGUGAAUGUUGUUGUUAUAUAAAUAUAUUGUCUAUUCGCUACAACUCACAUUUAUUCAUUACGAAAAGCUGCAUAACAACUCUAGAUAGUUGUAUGUAAGUAAUGGAGAGAAAAACCCAAAAAACACAUAUAUUUAUUUUGCUAUGGCUAUCAUGACCUUUAGCUUACUUUAAAAUCACAGUCAAAUCUGCCAACGUUCAGGUUGAUUUUGUUAUCCUGUUUGUAAACAUAACGUGUUGCUACUUUUCAGGUUGGGCGAUAUAACGACAGUGGUGGCCAUUUCUCCAAUAUUCAUCCUAUGUCUUGCAUAGAAGGAUCAGACCGGUUUAGUCUUGUAGCAGAUCCAAGUUUCCCUAUAACGGCUCAACAUUAUUCCUCAUUCCAGAGCACAGACCCUUACAAGCCUUCUUACGACUCGGUAAGCUAUCAGGGAGAUUCAAUGUCAUCAUUUCCAAAGUGUUCUAAUACAAGAAUAUAUGUUCCCAGGGCACCUUGUUAUGAUUUCCCUGGCUACAUAAACUCAAAUGCAUACCCACCUCUUUACAAGGAGGCAGUGAACAGUUUACCAGAUGCUGAUCGAAUGCCAUUAAAUGGACCUCACCCAAACCUUGGGGUCUUGGGUUCCCACGAAAGAAGCUAUGAUUCCAAUGGCAAACAUCAUGGAUGGAAACCAAUAUUUGGCAAAGCUGGCUAUGGAGACAGGAGUGAUUAUGGGCAGAUACAAGCAAGCACCGGCCAUUCCUAUUACAAUGCAGAAUAUCCCUGCAGAUAUGGUAGAAGUCCAUCUCCUGUUACUCCAGCUUUGCAAACUGUUAUAACCACCACCACCAAAGUAUCAUACCAAGCCUACAAACCUCCUGUGGUGAAAUACAAUGAGAAUGUUUGUGAUGUUAAAACUCUUCCAAACUACACACACAUGCAGGACAGUAUAUCAGAAGGUGUCUACCCGGAAAUAAAGGCUCAAGAUGACUUUGGUGUCAUUAAAACAGCACUAGGCUACCAAGAACCAAUCCCCACUAAAUCUGAGAGAGUGGACAACUUGGACUUCUAUCGAUAUGGCCCAUGUGUGGGAAAUGGUUUCUCUGGACAGUCCUACCGAUAUGAAAAUGCUGAUUACUAA